AUCUUUUGUUCAUCACUAUAGCUAUCGAAAAGUAGGCUCUGUCGGCUUAGCACUCGCGGCUUUUAUAAAUAAAAUUUGUAAACAAUAAUCUUUAUAAAUAUAUGCGACAAUGGACAGCAUAAUUGGACGCAGCCAGUUCGUUUCGGAAACAGCGAAUCUUUUUACCGAUGAAAAGACUGCUACGGCCCGUGCAAAGGUUGUGGAAUGGUGCAAUGAAUUUAUAACAGCAAAUGUAACAUUGAAAUGCGAGCUGCUCGUUAAAGUGCAGGAAAUUGUGCUCAGCUCAUGCGUUGAGCUGGCCGACGAGUUCUUGGAGCCGGUACUCUCGCUGGCGCACGAUCAGAAUCAGGAGGUUCGCAAACAAGUCGUCUCCUUCAUAGAGCAGCUCUGCAAGGUCAAAGUGGAGCUGCUGCCAUAUGUGAUAAAUGUGAUAUCGAUGCUGUUGCGCGAUAGCUCCGCACAGGUUAUCAAACGUGUAAUACAGGCUUGUGGCAGCAUCUAUAAGAACGGGCUGCAAUAUCUGUGCGGUUUGACUGAUGCCACGGAUAGUGCAGAGCAGGCGUGGAAUGUGCUUAGCUUGAUAAAGGCGCAAGUUCUGGACAUGAUAGAUAAUGAGAACGAUGGUAUACGCACGAAUGCGAUUAAGUUUCUGGAAGGCGUUAUUAUACUGCAAAGCUAUGCAGAUGAGGACAGCAUGAAGCGCGACGGCGACUUUUCGCUGUCCGAUGUGCCGGAGCAGUGCAAAUUGAUAAGACGCCAGAAACUGCAGGAUGAGGGCACGAACAUAUUCGAUAUAAUGCUGCAGUUCCAUGGCACCACCCACAUCUCGUCGGUGAAUUUGAUUGCCUGCACAAGCAGUCUGUGUACGGUGGCUAAAAUGCGGCCGGUUCGCAUGGGUGCUGUUGUGGAGGCUUUUAAGCACCUCAACAGCAAUCUGCCGCCCACAUUGACCGACUCCCAGGUGAGCUCUGUGCGAAAAAGUUUGCGUAUGCAGCUGCAAACUUUGCUCAAGCUACGCGGGUCCUUUGAGUUUUCUUCCACAAUACGUAAUAUACUUUUGGAUUUGGGCGCCAGUACUAAUGAAAUACAGAAGCUGCUGCCCAAAAUGGACAAACAGGAGAUGGCGCGCCGGCAAAAGCGCAUACUGGAGAAUGCUGCUCAGAGUUUGGCGAAAAAGGCGCGCCUUGUUGAGCAGCAGCAGUUGCAGCAACAGCAACAGCAGCCACGCGAAAUGGAACUGGAUGAGCAUGAGCUGGAGCGGCAGCGACAAAAGAGCACACGCGUCAAUGAGAAGUUUCUGGCGGAACAUUUGCGCAGCACCGAAACGGUGAUUAAUCUUGUCGUGGAGUUCUUACCAUCGUUGCCGGAAGCGGCACCUGCCAAAUUUCUGGAGGAGUAUACGCCAAUUAAACAGCUGUCGCUGCCGCAACAGGUGAGCAAUAUAUCGCAUCAAUUUGGACAGCAGCUCACAGAGCUGCGCUUGGGGCCCGGCACGGCUGCCUUCAGUAAAGAGCCGCCCAUGAAAGCAAAGACUCAGACGCCAGGCGAAGCACUGCCAGAAAAAGUUGCUAUGGAUGUGGAUGAGAGUGAGUCAUCGGAGAAACUCAGCGAACUGGAGCUGCAGCGCAAGGAGGAGGCCACAAAGAAGUUGCGCGACACCAUGGAGCGCUCCAAGGGCGAACAGACUGUUAUUGAACGCAUGAAGGAGCGAGCCAAGACACUGAAGUUGCAGGAGAUAACUAAACCUCUGUCGAGGAAUGUUAAAGAAAAAUUUCUACUGGACGCCAUUAUACGAAUACUUAAUUCAGAGCGCCAGUGCAUAAUGGGUGGCGUGUCGGCUAAGCGACGCAAAUUGGUCACGGUUAUUGCAGCCACCUUUCCGGAUAAUGUUCGUUAUGGCAUAAUGCAGUUCAUAUUAGGAGAUAUUAAGCAGCGCAUAGAUCUUGCCUUCUCCUGGCUAUACGAGGAGUACUCACUGCUGCAGGGCUUCACACGGCACACCUAUGUAAAGACCGAGAAUCGUCCGGAUCACGCCUAUAACGAACUUUUAAAUCAACUCAUUAGAGGCAUUGGCGAGCGUUGUGAAUAUAAAGAUCGAAUUAUUCUAUUGCGUCGCAUUUAUCUGGAGGCACCUAUACUGCCUGAAGAGGCCAUUAUGCAGCUUGUGCAGCUGUGUCUCGUCGAGGAGUUUAUGCCGCAUGGCUUAGAAAUGGUGAAAGAUCUCACAGUGCUGCGUCCGCCACGCAAGAAUCGCUUUGUACGCGUCCUCCUUAACUUUGCCGUGCACGAACGUGCCGACCUGCGAGAGCGCGCUUUGGCCCAUCUGGUUACCAUCUACCAUGUUCACAAGAUUGUGCCAGCACGCAUCGAUGAGUUUGCCAUAGAGUGGCUGGAAUUUGUGGUGGCCGAGACGCCGCCAAAGGCUAUUUUCUCCGCGGAUUAUGGCAGGCCAUCGCCGGAGGCUGCAUGGAAGGAAGAUACCGCCAAAGUGUGCCUGUUGCUGGCGUUGACACUGUUGCCCUAUCAACCAGAAGUUUAUUUGGAAAAGAUUUGUCAGGUCUUUAGUGAGACCUCAGCGGAACUGAAGCGCACCAUAUUACGUAGCUUGGAUGCCCCUAUUAAGAAACUGGGCGUGGAAUCGCCAGUCUUGCUGAAACUGCUGGAGGACUGUCCCAAGGGCUUGGAGACUCUGGUUAUACGCAUUAUUUACAUACUGACUGAACGCGUGCCUACGCCGCAUCCGGAUCUGGUGCUUCGCGUGCGUGAACUUUAUCAAAACAAAGUCAAGGAUGUGCGUGUCCUUAUACCCAUUCUUAGUGGGCUUUCGCGCUCCGAACUAAUUGCUGUGCUGCCCAAACUCAUUAAACUCAAUCAGGCCGUGGUAAAGGAGGUGUUCAAUCGCUUGCUCGGAAUUGGAGCGGAGUUCGCUCAUCAGCAGAUGGCUCUGUCUUCGACAGAUUUGCUGGUGGCUUUGCAUACCAUCGAUACGAAUGUGUGUGAUUUGAAGGCAAUUGUGAAAGCCACCUCGCUGUGCCUGGCCGAGCGUGAUGUUUAUACCCAAGAUGUGCUAAUGGCUGUUUUGCAGCAGCUGGUUGAGAUCACUCCCGUACCGACCCUAAUGAUGCGUACAACCAUUCAAAGCCUAACGCUGUGUCCGCGUCUCUCCAACUUUGUAUUGAAUCUGCUGCAGCGUUUGAUACUUAAGCAAGUGUGGCGCCAAAAAGUUAUCUGGGAGGGCUUUCUUAAGACGGUGCAGCGUCUCAAGCCGCAGUCAUUGCCCGUGCUACUACAACUCCCACCGCCACAACUGGCAGAUGCACUGCAACAGUGCCCAGACCUUAGACCUCAACUGCUUGAAUACGCCGAAAGCAUACAAGACGAGCCUAUGAGCGGCAUCACCCAGCAAAUACUGGACAUUAUUAGCGGCAAAUCGGUGGAUGUAUUUGUUACGGAUGAAAGCGGCGGCUACAUUAAUCCAGACAAUAUCAAAAAGGAGCUCGUGGACACCUCAGAUAUCGGCGUAAUUUCCACGGUGCCCGUUCUUACUUCACUGCCCAUCGCUGCACCAAUGCCCGUGCCGGCACCUGCACCACAGCCAGUUCCCGCACCCGCACUUAGUGACUUAAAUCAACCGCUGCCGCCUGGCGAGGAUUAGUUAGCUUAGUUUGUUUUGUUAAUUUAUAGUAUAUCGGUGACUUACUAAACCCUCUAAAAUUUCUAUCGAUGUAA